AUGCUUCCCGAUACGCCCGUUAAGGAAGACGAGCCGCCACUACCAGGUGUCACUCCCAGUAAACUGCUUUCACCCAGAAAAAAGGUGGUAAAUCCUGUUCCAAGAGAACCCGUUCUUGAUGCUAGACCUCGUCUUGAAGGUUGGCGAAUGACAUGUCGUAGCCAUAUUUUCCGACAUAGCCUUGUAGAAAUUGCCAAGAAGUUCCACCGAAAGUUUAUGGAAAAGAUAGGCUUAUUUAUGAACGACUCUGAGUAUUCUAAGCUACGACGGUUCCAUCCUAAGUUUGACUUAGAUGUUGAAUGUGGAAGAAUACCCGAGGCCGAGAUACCUGAUGUGCCUCAUGAUGAUGCUGAUCGUCAUUUUGAAAUGAAGGACUACUUAGCCACGGUGGAUGACAGCGUAUCGCUGCCUAAUACUGUAGAUGCGGUUCUCGAAGAGCUCAAAAGUCCUGUUAAAAAAGUGAUCAGCUCAGCAACUGCUGUGCCUCUAUCUCCUCGACAAUUCGCUGAAAAACAAGCGUCUAAGCCCAAAGGAGCGAUGUCUUUGCUUGAAAGGGUAUGA